CGGAGAACAGGUGUUAGAGCGUAUCUCUUGACUGUACUAUAUUUCCAAAGCCAAUGGCAGAACUAUUUGGGUUCAAACCUCCUUAAGGGGGGGGCAGUGCACCACUCUGGAGUUCAUUUGAACAAAGGGAGGCGAGGCUCUGAUGAUGGAGAAUGGACAGGGCACAGCCUCAAAGCUUGGCUUGCCGCCUCUCACCCCCGAACAGCAGGAGGCGCUACAGAGGGCGAAGAAGUAUGCCAUGGAGCAGAGCAUCAAGAGCGUCCUGGUCAAACAGACACUUGCUCACCAGCAACAGCAGCUUAGUAACCUACAGAUGGCCUCAUUGACCAUGGGCUUUGGAGAUGCCCUUUCACCAUUACAGUCGGUGGCAGCUCAGCGGCAGCGGGCCCUGGCGAUAAUGUGCCGUGUGUAUGUGGGGUCAAUUUAUUACGAACUUGGGGAGGACACCAUCCGUCAGGCCUUUGCCCCCUUCGGCCCCAUCAAAAGCAUCGACAUGUCCUGGGACUCUGUUACAAUGAAACACAAGGGCUUUGCGUUUGUGGAGUAUGAAGUACCGGAAGCUGCCCAGCUAGCUCUAGAGCAGAUGAACUCAGUCAUGCUGGGAGGGAGAAACAUUAAGGUGGGGCGACCUAGCAACAUUGGUCAGGCUCAGCCAAUCAUUGACCAGCUUGCCGAAGAAGCUCGCGCCUUCAACCGGAUUUACGUGGCCUCCGUCCAUCCCGACCUGUCAGACGAGGACAUCAAGAGCGUGUUCGAGGCCUUUGGGAGAAUCAAGUCGUGUACGCUGGCGCGGGACCCCACGACGGGCAAACACAAGAGCUACGGCUUCAUAGAGUACGACAAGGCCCAGUCGGCGCAGGAUGCGGUGUCGUCCAUGAACCUCUUUGACCUGGGGGGUCAGUACCUGAGGGUUGGCAAAGCCGUGACCCCUCCCAUGCCCCUCCUGACCCCGACCACGCCGGGCGGACUGCCCCCUGCCGCUGCCGUCGCAGCCGCCGCCGCUACUGCCAAAAUCACCGCCCAGAUGGCAUGGAAUCUGUCCCAGCCGGAGAAUCGGACAGAAGACUUCCUCAACUGUCUGGAAGCCGUGGCGGGGGCUUCGGUCCUGGGGGCACUGACCGCACCCGGCCUGCAACUGGGUGGCCUCCCUCAGGCUGUCAUGGCAGCCCAGGCUCCAGGUGUCAUCACAGGGGUAACCCCGGCCCGACCAACCCUGCCUGUGCUGCCCCAAGUUGGGCUUGUGAAUCCAGUCCUUGCCUCCCCGCCUGUGAUUGCUCCUGCUGUGGCAGCAGCCCAGGAGGCCAAAAAGGAGAAGGAGGAAGAGGAGGCCUCUCAGGACGGCACAGGCCAGGAGAUGCUCAGUGAACAGGAGCACAUGAGUAUCUCAGGCAGCAGUGCCAGACACAUGGUCAUGCAGAAGCUGCUGAGGAAACAAGAGUCAACAGUUAUGGUGCUGAGGAAUAUGGUAGGUCCAGAGGACAUUGACGAUGAUUUGGAAGGCGAAGUCACGGAGGAGUGUGGGAAGUUUGGAGCUGUAAAUCGAGUUAUCAUCUAUCAAGAGAAACAGGGAGAAGAGGAGGAUGCUGAGGUCAUCGUUAAGAUCUUUGUAGAGUUUUCAGCAGCGUCUGAGAUGAACAAGGCCAUUCAGGCACUCAACCACCGCUGGUUUGGAGGUCGUAAGGUCGUCGCCGAGGUGUACGAUCAGGAGCGGUUUGACAACAGCGACCUCUCAGCAUAGACUGUCCAAAAUCCUCCUUUUCCUCCAACGACCAUUUCUUGCUGUUUCCCUCUCUCCCUCUCUAUACACACACACACACACUCACAGCUGCUGAGCACUGAACCAACAGGUGCCAGCCUCUCUUUUUAACUUGUAAUUAUUUUUUAUCAAUGUUGAUAUUAAUAUUAUUAAUGAUUCCUUUUGCGGACGAAGGCAAAGAUAUCCUUGGAUUUUUUUUUUUUUUUUAUUACUGUUGCCUACUGUGAAGGACUGGAUAUUUGUUUUGUAUCAGUUUUUUUUCCCCUUUGAUUAGUUUCAAUUUGGUUGCUUGAAGUUUGUCUCUUAUUUUUGACUUCCAAAGUUUUCUGUUCAAAGGACUCUCAUAAUCUUGUUAUAUACCCCUUGAUUUCGAAUGCCCAGACAAUAAAUGCUUCAAAGAACAA